AUGAUUUGUCUAUACUGUGAUAAUCCCCAAGACAAAUGCACAUGCAAAGCACCAAUCGGAAAGUGCUUGUAUUGCGGAUUGCCGUCAGAUGUUUGCAACUGUCAAGAUGACAAGGGUCACGUUCAUGAUUCUGAACGGAUUGCUAAAAGAUCGAAUGAGAAUCGAACGAUUUGCGUCACCAGUUGGAAACCGAAGAGGGAAAUCAGACAAUAUUUCGAAAGAAACUAUGAAGAUUUUGAGCCGUAUUUCUCUAAGGAAUGUCAAUGCUGCAAAAAGCGACAACGUCCUAAGGAACUACCUUAUCAACGGCUCAAUGUUUUCUCAGAAGUGAUGAAUGAACUGCAACAGAAGAUGAGCGACUCCGUAUGCUGCGCACAAUGCUGGAGAAAUCCUUGUUGUUGUGGAUGGCCGGUCGAUCAAGAUAAGAGAAAGGAAGAAAGGAAAGCCGAAAAUCAUCUCAAAAACGAGCGUAAAAGCACUGAAAAAUUGAUACCAAUUCGACAUAUUGGUUGCGUUUGUAAAUUAACACCGUGCAGAUACAAGAAAGACAAAUCCAUUUGUAAGAAACCGCUGGCAAAAUGUUAUUACUGCAAAAGUUUGCCUUGCACUUGCAUUACUGUAAAAUAACCAAAGCCGUGCAGGUAUUUAUUCGAUGAUUAAUCGAAUGCAAAGACGAAAAGAACUU